AUGACUAGCACUCUGUCAGCGCAUGAACAAGCGAUGUCAAUUGCUGCAGCAACCGCCAUGUUCAGUCAGUGUUCGAUCGAAGAUGAGAAUGACGACGCACUCAAAAGAAUGGUUGCCAAUUUGAACCGCCGAUAUUCAAGCAAUGCUGAUGGUUCACAUAUUCAGAGGAGAAAUGCAGUCGGCAAUCUAUUCGAGGGUGUUGACCUAGCGUUCAUUAAGCAGCUUACAACCAGUGCACCAAUUCAGUUACAAUAA